GGUACCUGGGAGUUGGGCGAGGUGCUCUGCGACUCGUGGGUCUCCCUCGAUGUUCUUCUCUGUACUGCCAGCAUCCUGUCGUUGUGCGCCAUAUCCAUAGACAGGUACCUAGCCGUCACUCAACCGUUGAUAUACAGCCGACGACGACGAAGCAAGAGACUAGCUGGAUUGAUGAUUGUCGCUGUGUGGGUGUUAGCUGGCGCUAUCACCAGUCCACCCUUGCUCGGAUGCUUCCCACGUGCAACGAAUCGUGACACUAAAAAAUGCUCGUACAACAUGGACUCUUCAUACGUGAUAUUUUCCGCGAUGGGUUCGUUUUUCCUGCCAAUGUUAGUAAUGCUUUACGUGUAUGGCAGGAUAUCCUGCGUGAUUGCCAGCAGGCACAGAAACCUCGAAGCCACAGAGAGCGAAAACAUUCGACCUCGGCGCAACGUU